GGUUCUAGAACGUUGCUGUGGUAGCGCUCGGGCGCCAUGUUAGGACGAAGGGGAAGGAGGAGAAGCGCUUAAAGCGGCGGGGCACGGGUGCAGGACUGGGUUGGCCCCGGGGCUGAGGUAGGCUGCCGUCCCUCCCGCCUCGGUGGAUCAUGCCCAGGACGGCAGCGGUCGCGGGGGGGAAGUGACUGGGCGGUGCCGGCGCCGGAGACGAUGCCGUUUCCAGUUACAACGCAGGGAUCACAACAAACGCAGCCACCACAGAGGCACUAUGGCAUUACCUCUCCUAUCAGCUUAGCAGCCCCCAAGGAGACUGACUGCCUACUCACACAGAAGCUCAUCGAGACGCUGAAGCCCUUUGGGGUUUUCGAAGAGGAAGAGGAACUGCAGCGCAGGAUUUUAAUUUUGGGAAAAUUAAAUAACCUGGUGAAAGAAUGGAUUCGAGAAAUCAGUGAAAGCAAGAAUCUCCCACAAUCUGUAAUUGAAAAUGUCGGAGGGAAAAUUUUUACAUUUGGAUCUUACAGACUAGGAGUCCACACGAAAGGUGCUGAUAUUGAUGCGUUGUGUGUUGCACCAAGACAUGUUGAUCGAAGUGACUUUUUCACCUCAUUCUAUGAUAAAUUGAAAUUACAAGAAGAAGUGAAAGAUUUAAGAGCUGUUGAAGAGGCAUUUGUACCAGUUAUCAAACUCUGUUUUGAUGGGAUAGAGAUUGAUAUUUUGUUUGCAAGAUUAGCACUGCAGACUAUUCCAGAAGAUUUGGACCUACGAGAUGACAGUCUGCUUAAAAACCUAGAUAUAAGAUGUAUAAGAAGCCUUAAUGGUUGCAGGGUAACCGAUGAGAUUUUACAUCUAGUACCAAACAUUGACAACUUCAGGUUAACUCUGAGAGCCAUCAAACUGUGGGCCAAACGGCACAACAUCUAUUCCAAUAUAUUAGGUUUCCUCGGUGGUGUUUCCUGGGCUAUGCUAGUAGCAAGAACUUGCCAGCUUUAUCCAAAUGCAAUAGCAUCAACUCUUGUACAUAAAUUUUUCUUGGUAUUUUCUAAAUGGGAAUGGCCAAAUCCAGUGCUAUUGAAACAGCCUGAAGAAUGCAAUCUUAAUUUGCCUGUGUGGGACCCAAGGGUAAACCCCAGUGAUAGGUACCAUCUUAUGCCUAUAAUUACACCAGCAUACCCACAGCAGAACUCCACGUACAAUGUGUCCGUUUCAACACGGAUGGUCAUGGUUGAGGAGUUUAAACAAGGUCUUGCUAUCACAGAUGAAAUUUUGCUGAGUAAGGCAGAGUGGUCCAAACUUUUUGAAGCUCCAAACUUCUUUCAGAAGUACAAGCAUUAUAUUGUACUUCUAGCAAGUGCGCCCACGGAAAAGCAGCGUCUGGAAUGGGUGGGCUUGGUGGAAUCAAAAAUCCGUAUCCUGGUUGGAAGCUUGGAGAAGAAUGAGUUUAUUACACUGGCUCAUGUGAAUCCCCAGUCAUUUCCAGCCCCCAAAGAAAGUCCUGACAGGGAAGAAUUUCGCACAAUGUGGGUGAUUGGGUUAGUGUUUAAAAAAACUGAAAACUCUGAAAACCUCAGUGUGGACCUCACCUAUGAUAUCCAGUCUUUCACAGACACAGUUUAUAGGCAAGCAAUAAACAGCAAAAUGUUUGAGUUGGAUAUGAAGAUUGCAGCAAUGCAUGUGAAGAGAAAGCAACUCCAUCAGCUGCUGCCUAGUCACGUGCUUCAGAAGAGGAAGAAGCAUUCAACAGAAGGAGUCAAGUUAACAGCUCUGAAUGACAGCAGCCUUGACUUGUCUAUGGACAGUGAUAACAGCAUGUCUGUGCCUUCACCCACUAGUGCUAUGAAGACCAGUCCAUUGAACAGUUCUGGCAGCUCUCAGGGCAGAAACAGUCCUGCUCCAGCUGUGACCGCAGCAUCUGUGACCAGCAUCCAGGCUUCGGAGGUUUCUGUACCGCAAGCAAAUUCCAGUGAAAGCCCAGGGGGUCCAUCGAGUGAAAGCAUUCCUCAAACUGCCACACAGCCAGCCAUUUCUCCACCACCAAAGCCUACAGUCUCCAGAGUUGUCUCCUCAACACGACUGGUAAACCCAUCGCCUAGACCUUCAGGAAACACAGCAACGAAAGUCCCUAAUCCUAUAGUAGGAGUCAAGAGAACGUCCUCACCCAAUAAAGAAGAAAGUCCUAAGAAAACCAAAACAGAAGAGGAUGAAACAAGUGAAGAUGCUAACUGUCUUGCUUUGAGUGGACAUGAUAAAACAGAGACAAAGGAACAAGUUGAUCUGGAGACAAGUGCUGUUCAAUCAGAAACUGUUCCGGCAUCGGCUUCUCUGUUGGCCUCUCAGAAAACAUCCAGUACGGACCUUUCUGACAUCCCCGCCCUCCCUGCAAACCCCAUCCCUGUCAUCAAGAACUCAAUAAAGCUGAGGCUGAAUCGGUAAAACCACCUCAGGGCCCGUAAACAGCAUCUGCCGACUCAGCCUGUCGUCUUCAGAUGCUUAAACAAAAGGAAGGAAGGAAGGAAGGAGAUUGGAGGGACAAGACUAGACCUGACUGACAGCGGGUUUAGCUGUUUGGUGGCCUCCCUUGGGCUCAUGAGCACUUGAUCAGAAGUCCAG